CAGCGAAGCCAGUAUAUUCGCUAAAGUCUGAUUCGAAUGAGCGACUGACAAGAAUACAUCCUCCAGCAGGAACCAGUUCAACAUCACACUUUCGACAGAUACGUGCAUAGCUUUGAGAAGCAGAAAAAAAUCCAACUGAGCCGUUACAAAGAACACCCAAUUCUAGCCAGCAGAAUCCCUUCAACGUCAGCCUGCUACUUGUCCUCCUCGACCUCCUCGAGCUCUUGCUUAGCGAGACCAAGUCUCGGGAGAGUGUUGCCAUUGGUAUUGCCAUCCAUGACGAUUUCUUUGCCUUUUUCAAAUCCAUGAACCGUGCCACCAUUGUUAGUGUCGGAAGCAGCAGUUGACUUGACUGGCCACUCGGUCUUCCAUGGCUGGGCCUUGGGGGCCGUCGAUUGAGGCAUGUCUGCGAGAGCUUGGUGUUUAUGGAAGACUAUGUGACAUAGGGAAGUCAGCAUCAGGAAAUAUUAGGUACCGUUUACUUACAGUUUAUUGGACUUUGAAUGAAUAUUUGAGCUCCUCCCUGAUUGUGUGCAAGGUCGAGUCUGGUGUAGGAUCGGACUUGGCUGAUUCCACGCCGAACAUAUAAGAACGUUACCAUGCGGCUCCGUUCCACGGUUCUAGUGCUGUAAAACUGCUCUCUCGCCGCCCUUACGACAGCCUAGGCCAAUCCUCUGAUUUCCCCGCUUUGGACGACGGAUGUUUUUCCCGGGUGUGGCAGGCUCACUAACCCCUGUACGACGUUAUCAGAUACCCCCACGCUUUGCUGCUCCAGCCAGGCUCAGGUAAUAUCUGAGCGGUCUUGGAGAUACUAAUGUGAGGCUCUGCAGUCCUUGUAAACUCUGUCCUCCUGAGUUGAGCCAGAAUUAUUGGCAAGUCACGGCUGAAGGAGGCCGGCACACUCUAUCGGCCCCUUCUCAAGCCAUGCAAGCUGGAUUGUUAUCUGCACACCGCUGACUCUAUAGCUUGAACCAUCUCUCGAUCUCACGGUUCUUCGAGCCCGCCUCAGCAGAGUCCAUGGCGAGCAGCAGCCGUAGUGGUAGCGGUGUUAGCCGCAAUGCCUCAUUGUCAAGGCUCACCACUACCCACCAGCCAAAUGUCUGCAGGAUCUUACCGGUGAAUGGACAGCAGAUAGGGAAUACAAAUGUAGAUCUCAUUCUUAUUCCAGGGGUGGGAACACCUGGUGUUGAGCUAUGGAGCAUUCGUUUUCCGCCUUGGACGGAUAUAAUAUCAACAGCUCUUUCGAGGCCAAGAAUACUUACUUUCAACUACAAUAUCCCACUUGAUGACCGCUUCUCUUGGCAGACUCUGUUCAUCGAGGCCUCCUGCCUCCUGGAGUCACUGCAUGAGAUAUGUAUGGAGUCCGAGACCAACGACCGUCCUUUGAUAUUUAUCUGUCACAGUCUUGGCGGUAUCAUUUUGAAGCAAGCACUAUCCGUAGCGAACCAGCAGUCCCGAAAAUAUGUUGGUGUUCUCAAUUUAAUAUCAGGGAUCAUGUUCCUAGGUACCCCCCAUAGGCUAGAUGAUGAGAAGCAACUGGGUGAGAAGCUUCUACUACUGCUCAAAUCUCUGCCCAACGACAUUUCCAAGCAGACACUAUCGAGACUUGAGGGCGAUGCUUUGAUACUGGCAAAUGCGGCUGAUAGGUUCAAAGAUGUUAAUCUGAGGGUUGACAUUGCAUCCGUUGGAGAGAAGAAGAAAAGUAAGGUUCGCCAUGGUCGGUUUGGAAGAAAAGGCGUUGUUGUUGUAGGUCCAGACCUUGCAAGGACACUUGCACCAGUCGAAGUUCUAUUUCUAGUCCAGCAAGAUCAUGAGAAUUUAUGGAGACUGGACAACAGUGACGGUACACCUGACACUGAACUUGUGCAAUGGCUACAACAUGUUGUCGGAAAUGCCACGACAGUGAUACAAAACAGACUCGCGGCGUAUAAAUCUCGAACACCCCCUAUGGUCAGUCCUAGUACUACUUCGUCCGACGACUCUAUCGAUCUCGUAGUCGCGGCAGAGCAUGCACUGCAAUCAGCCCAAGGCGAUAGCUCAGGAGCAGACGCCGAUCACGGCUCCUCUACCUUUGGAUUCGAAAUUGUGCCUAUCCUUGACGAACUCACAAUUGUCCGUAGACAAGCGAAACUGCCAUGCUUCAUGAUGGAUACGUUUGUGAGAAAUCCCAAGUUCUUUGGAAGGGAUGAUGUUAUGAAACGACUAGAUGAGGUACUGCUGCCCAACAACGAUGCAACUGUGUCUUCGGAAGGCGGAGUUCUCAAGCACAUUGCAUUGUGUGGAAUGGGUGGUUUAGGCAAGACCGAGAUUGCCAUUGAAUACGCAUACUCUCGCAGAGAAAAGUUCGACGCUAUCUUUUGGAUUCGUGCCGAUGAAGAAGAGAACUUGGAACUUGACUUCAGUCGCAUCGCAACAUCACUCGAACUCGAAGACCCUUCAGACCCUAACAAUCAACAAGUCAAUCGCGAACUUGUAAAAGGAUGGCUUGCAAAUCCAAAGAAGCUUCUUGAGCAGACAAGCGACACGGUGGGCCUCUCCGAGGCGACCUGGCUGGUGAUACUUGAUAAUGCAGACAAUGCCGAUAUCCUGGACAACUUGAAGCCCAUCUUCGGAAGUGGAUCACUACUGAUCACGAGUCGAGAUCCUCUUACGAAGAUGGCCUUUUCCUUUAACCCUGUAGGUAUUGAUUUGGAGCCGCUUUCAGAGGAAGAAGCUGUGCAAUUUCUGAAACAAUUGGUGCCCAGGGAAGAGGAAGAAGGAGUCCAUGAGAUUGUAAAUACGCUGGGGUGCCUACCACUUGCUAUUACUCAAAUGGCAAGUGUAAUACGGAAGCAGUUUCUUCCAUACUCGGAUUUCUUGAAGCAAUAUCAAGACGAAGCAGGACGCGACGAGUUACACAGUCUUCAGCUAGACAAGAACCCACGUGCUACGGCCAGAGGCACAAUUGCGUCAAUAUUUGCCAUCGAGCGGCUGUCAGUCCAAGCAAGGACCUUGUUAGAACUCUCGUCCUUCUUGAAUCCAGAUUCUAUCCCGGAACGCAUCUUUGUGGACAAUUCUUCGAUAACUUUCCCCAACUUCCCACAGAAAAUUGCAGCCUGGAAUGCUGCAAGAGGUGAAUUAUUACAAGCUUCUCUAGUGAAGCGUAACAAUGAGAAGAGAGAACUAUGGAUGCAUCGAAUUCUUCAAGAUUCUGUCCGCGCCAAAUUGGAUGGCGAGAAGGCCAUCAACUCGUUCAUGUGCACAGUGAACCUCGUCUCUAAUGCUUGGCCUCGAGUGACUAUCGACAAAAGACACACAACAGAUCGUUGGCAAGAGUGCGAGAAGCUAUUUCCGCACGUUUUGGCUCUCAAGAACUACUAUGAGAAAAGAUUUGAGGAUGGAUCUAUCGAACCAAUGCUUGAACUCGCUUCAUUAUUACACGAAGCAGGCUGGUGGCAACACGAGCGAGGAAACUCGCAUCACAUUCGACCCUUCCUAAAUCUAAGCCAAAAUAUCUGCGAAGCAAUGAACUCUCCGCAAACUCGAGACCUGUUAAGCGACGUACACUACGCCCUCGAAGCUGUAGCAACAGAAACAAAUGAUCCUGAGGGAUGCUUGCACCAUACGGGUCUCUUGCUUGACCUUCGUAUUAAAGCAGUUGCAGAUGACGAGCCCCCGGGCAUACGACUUGCAGUUGCCCACAACGAGCGCGGCAUCGCUUGGAUGAUGAAUGGAGCGUAUGAUAAAGCUGCGGCAGAGUUCAAAGAGGGAAUAUCAGUUUACAAAAGCCUCCCCAGUUUCUGGUACCAGAUGAUUUCUCUACCACUAGCAAAUCUCGGUCUUUCGUACUGGCUUGCAGGCGACUAUGAAGCGGCCUCAGAAGUUCUUCUAGAGAGCUUGCAUGGAAGAGAGAAACACCUCGGAUACAUGGACAAGGAUUCUUUCAGGACUGGCAGGCUACUACACGGGCUUGGAAAUGUAAGAUUUUCCCAGGGUCUUAUAGAAGAGAGCGAGAACUACCACAGGAGAGCUCUGGCGCAAUACCAAAGCACUAUUGGUAAUAACCACCACCGCACAGCAGACGUCUGUCACCGAGUUGCCCAACACUGUCUGCGGCAUAGGGAACUGGAAGCCGCCAUGUAAGCACAGAUUCUGAUCCAUUCCCGAACAGACAUGAACUGAAAAUAUUUCGUGCCUAGAAAGCUCGUCGACCGAGCUCUUAAAGUCUGGGGUGCCAAUCAACAAAUCUACAUACCUGAACUAGCCAGAACAACUUUUCUGAAGGCGAGAAUUCUCUACCAGCAGAAAGAGGCCACAAAGGCUACUGAGCUCUUCAAGGAGGCCGUAAGGCUGCGGAACUUGAUCCCGAACGCAACGCACAAGGCAGAUCGAGACCUUGAAGAAAACGACUUCGACUGUCUCGUGACAUUUUGGUCAAGGUGAUACCGAAACUAGAUCCUAAUUUAUAAAAGAAGGCUUCGAUUUAAAUUUGCAGUAAUGUAGAGGAGUGAUCUUGGCAUAAUAAAAGACAGUUCG